CGGAUGCAGUCCAAGGCUGCAACGGACCUCGCCGCGCGACCCGACACGAGCACUCGCCGGCCGCUCCGUCGUAUUCCUUAAACCCUAACCCCAGCACCUAGGAACGCCACCACCAACACCACACCGAGCUAGCCGACAUGGCAUCCCCCGCUUCGCUGUCCUGGGUCAUCAUGGGGAGAGUGCCGCGGGUGACAGCGGCCGACACCGACCUCCCUCCGGGCGCCGACCUCUCCCUCGCGCUGCCGGCGCCACCGCGCGUCGCGCAGCUCACCAUCCCCCCGCGCAUCUUCCCCGGCCGCACCACCCCCAGCAACUUCCCCUCCGUCCUCGCCGUCGACGCCUCCGGCCUCCUCCUCCUCAAAGCAGACCAGGGCGCCGCCACGGGCCCCACCGUCAUCGACCUCCCCGGCCGCCAGGAGUUCAGCUGGCGCCCGACCGUCGCGGGCUACUUCGUCCUCGACGCCAAGACCGCCUCCGCCGUCGCGCUCCCCGACGCCAAGUACAUCAUGCACCCGGGCCACCUCGGCCUCGUCGCCUCGCCCGCCGACGACGGCCACUACAUGGUCGCCGAGCUCCAGAUGAUCAUCGGCGGCGACACCGCCGACCUGCUCUGCUUCUCGUCCCACACCGGGGAGUGGGUCAGCAAGGGCGUCCCCUACCCGCUUCCGCCGCGCCCGCUCAGCCCCAGCGGCGUCGUCGCGCUCUCCGGGAGGCUCUGGUGGGUCGACCUCUCCUGGUGCCUCCUCACCUGCGACCCCUUCGCCGACGCGCCCGUGCUCGCCGUCGUCCCGCUUCCGGAGGGCAAGGCGCUCCGGUACGGCGAAGCUGGCGGACUGCUCGACAAGUACCGCUGCGUGGGUGUCAGCGCCGGCAAGCUCAGGUUCGUCGACAUGUACAGGAACCGUAACACCAGCGGCGCUGCGCAGAUCACCGUGUGGACGCUCGCCGACCCGGACUCCACGGAGUGGACGCUGGAGUACGAGGCCACCUUUGGGGAGAUCUGCGACGACGACAGCUUCAAGGCGGCCGGUCUCCCGAGGAAGAUCCCCGUGCUUGCCCUCAUCCACCCCACCAACCCCGACGUGCUCUACUUCUUCCUGGACGAGCGCAUGGUCGGCGUCGACGUGCGUGCUCGCAAGGUUGUGGACUGCGAGGUCUACGAACUGGUUGAACCGCCUCGCGAACACGUCUCAAGCCGUUUCGUUCAUGCUUGGCAGCUGCCACGGGCUCUCUGCUCAGGUUCUGCAAAGGAGACUGAGAAUGAUGGCGUGAAUACCGAGCUGCAGCAACUCCGUCUGUGAGACGAAAAUAAGAAUGCACUAGCUGGGGUUAACUUCUUCACUAGGGAAAGUAAUGCACGAUAUUAUCAAGUGAAAAUGGUGUCUUAUCGGGCAGCAUUCGUCGAACCGAAAGACAUGGCUGAAACGUUUUGCUUGUUUUGUCUUGUCACUGUUUAAGUUCAGACGUCAGUAGUUCUUGUCUUAACAUUUUAUGGCUAUGGUCCAUUCACCGUCUUGGCUCAGAACUAAAGGGAUUUUGGUGAAAGUAUGGCAGUAAUCUAUCUUUAUGUUAUCUCUUGUC